AUGGCGCGCCUCGCCCUAGGCGACGAUGACAAGAAGGCACGAGACUGGUUCUGUGAGGAGAUGUCCUCACUCGGCUGCGAUGUCAAGGUGGACGCCAUGGGCAACACCUUUGCGGUGCGUCCGGGCAAGAACGCUGGUCCGCCGACGGCCAUGGGCUCUCACCUCGACACUCAGCCCACGGGCGGGCGCUACGACGGCAUCCUCGGCAUCCACGCCGCGGUCGAGGCGAUGCGCACGAUGCGCGACGCAGGCUACGAGACCAAGUACCCUGUCGCAGUCGUGAACUGGACGAACGAGGAGGGUGCCCGCUUCCCCAAGUCGCUGCACGGGAGCAGUGUCUGGGCGGGCGACCUCAGCCUCGAAGCGGCGUAUGCGCUCAAGGACGUCGCGGACCCGAGUAAGACGGCCGGCGCCGAGCUCGAGCGGAUCGGGUACAAGGGCACCUUGCCCGCCGAUGCGAGGCAGAACCCCCUCGCGGCCCACUUUGAGCUGCACAUUGAGCAGGGACCGAUUCUCGAGGGCGAGGACGCGGCGAUCGGUGUCGUCUCCGGAGGUCAGGCGUACAAGUGGCUCCGAUGCAAGAUCUCUGGCCGUGACAGCCACGCCGGCACGACGCCGCUCGCCUAUCGCGCUGACGCUAUGCUGGGUGCCGCGCGCAUCAUUGCGGCCUGCCACGAUGUCGCAGCCAAGCACUCCGGCGUCGCGACGACGGGCAUCCUCACCCUCGAGCCCGGGUCGAUCAACACGAUCCCGCACACGGUCGAGUUCACGAUCGACAUUCGUCACCCGGACCCCGCGGCUGUGCGCGCCAUGGAGGCCGACAUCCGCACCCUGUCCUCGUCGCUCCUGCAGACGGGCAACAAGUGGGAGUGCAAGGUCGACUUUGAGGAGAUGUUUGACGCCCCCGCCGCCAUCUUCGCCAUGGAGUGCAGGGACGCGAUCCGCGAGGCGGCCAUCGCCAGCGUCGGCGAGGGCAAGGUCCGCGAACUCGUCAGCGGCGCCGGCCACGACUCGUGCUCGACCAGCAAGCACUGCCCCACCGGCAUGGUCUUUGUCCCCUGCAAGGACGGCGCGUCGCACACCCCCGUCGAGUACGCUAGCCCCGAGGCUUGCGCGAACGGCGCGCAGGUGCUCAUGGACGCCGCGCUGCUGUUCGACUCGAGGCGCGAGAAGUAG